GUUUUCCUUCUUCUUACAGGACAUGUACCUGAAUGCUGGUGGUGUGACCGUAUCGUAUUUCGAGUGGCUGAAGAAUCUCAAUCAUGUCAGUUAUGGCAGACUGACCUUCAAGUACGAGAGAGACUCCAACUACCACCUUCUCAUGUCUGUGCAGGAGAGUUUAGAGAGGAAGUUUGGAAAGCAGGGAGGACCCAUCCCCAUCGUUCCUACUGCUGAUUUCCAGGCCAGAAUUGCUGGCGCCUCAGAGAAGGACAUCGUUCACUCUGGGCUGGCUUACACGAUGGAGCGAUCUGCCCGGCAAAUCAUGCGCACAGCCAGCAAGUACAACCUGGGUCUGGACCUGCGGACGGCCGCCUACGUCAACGCCAUCGAGAAGGUCUUCAAGGUCUACAACGAAGCUGGGCUCACCUUCACAUAAACGGCCCCUCCUGAACGUGCACUGUUCUCCUCUUCCUCCGCUCUUCAUCCCUCUCUCCAGCUUCCCUCUACCUCCUCAAACAGCCUUCUGAACAUAUCACUGUUUACCACACAUGCAUCCACAGCCGUGCGUUUUCCCCUGCGAUAUUUGUGCAGCCGUAGAGAAGCCGCCCUGUUCUUGUUCCCGCCUGAAGUUAACCUGAGUUGGAGCGGAGAUCUGUGUUUGUAAAGAAGCGAAGGACUCUGUCGCUCCUUCCGCAGUCAGAUUAACGUUAAUGUUUUCUUUUGGCAGCCAUGUUUUCUUUUGGCAGCCAUAUUCACGGCGUACAUGUCGUAGUUGCUGGAUGCACGCGUGACCUGCGUGUUGCAGCCGUUUCUGUUGACAGCACUGCUGAUGCCUUAUUUCAGAAAGACGUCAGACCUUAAAAGGGAACUGACCACUCUAGACUAAUGUUGAUUAAAAGGGAUUUAGGUUUAACUCCAUUAGCAAGAUUAGUCAUUUUAAUCUUUCUGAUGAAAAGAUUAGGGAUAAGGUUUCUAAAUUUUACGAAAUUUUUAUUUCAUAAGUGUUUUUACUGUCCUCUUCUUGAUUCUUGAGCUUUCUCUGUUGCUUUAGCUUAAGUGCAGCUUCCCCCGACUCCUCCGCCGGCCGCUAAGGAGGAGCGGAGGUGGGCGAGCAGUCACUGUGAUCGCCCUGUUAGAGUUCUCCUCAGUUUAACCGUCCUGUUCUGCUGCAACGAAAAGAAUUUUGGAGGAAAUUACUUUUUAUUUUUAUUGCAUUCAGUUUUUUUUUUGGAAAACAAAUAAAAUGUUCAUAAAAAGUC